UCCCUCCCCCAUCGCAUGAGCGGGCAUUAGCUUUAGAUAAAAAAGAGUGCUCUACCAAAGAAGAGGCGUUCCUUUUGGAGUGCGGUUCUUCAAUCGAGUGCUUCUUUCUCUCUCUAUCUAUCUACCGAGCUAUCUAUUUUUUACCAUCUUCUCUACCUUCAUUUCACUAUCAAUGCUUGGAUCUCCAAGAGAUCAAUUUACCUUCUUCUCCAAAUUAGAGUCUAAAAGGGCAAGAUGACGGUGGGCCCGAAGAUCUCGAUCAGCGAUGGCAACCUGGUGGUACACGGGAAGACCAUCCUCACCGGCGUCCCGGACAACAUCGUCCUCACCCACGGCGCCGGCGUCGGCCUCGUCGCCGGUGCCUUCAUCGGCGCCACCGCCUCCGCCCGCACGAGCCUCCAUGUCUUCACCAUGGGCACCCUCCAGGGGCUGCGGUUCAUGUGCUUGUUCCGGUUCAAGCUAUGGUGGAUGACGCAACGGAUGGGCAUGGCCGGCCGGGAGGUGCCGCUGGAGACCCAGUUCAUGCUGGUGCAGAGCAAGGACGGCACGGCCGAGGCCGAGCUCGGAGCCGCCGCCGGCGACUCCGGAGAGGAAGGCGGCGCGGCCACCAUCUACACCGUUUUCCUCCCCCUCCUCGAGGGCCCGUUCCGGGCCUCUCUCCAAGGCAACGUGCACGACCAGAUCGAGAUCUGCCUCGAGAGCGGAGACAUGGCGGUUGAGACCAAUCAGGCGCAGUACAUGGUCUACAUGCACUCCGGGACCAAUCCCUUCGAAGUAAUUACUCAGGCCGUCAAGGCUGUUGAGAAACACAUGGGAACGUUCCAUCACCGUGAGAAGAAGAAGAUGCCUUCUUUCCUUGACUGGUUCGGGUGGUGCACAUGGGACGCUUUCUACACCAAGGUCACGGCCGAGGGCGUCGAUGAGGGCCUUAAAAGCUUAUCAGACGGCGGGGCGCAUCCGAAGUUCCUGAUCAUAGACGAUGGUUGGCAACAAAUCGGCCCUGAUGUCCAGGGCCAGUCCAGGGCCGUCCGUCUAUUGUUUUCCUGUGUUGGUGACGUGAGAUGUUUGACGCGUUGGUUGUUUCCUAGGAGGCUUACCGGGAUCAAGGAGAACGCCAAGUUCCAGAAGAAGAACGGAGAGGAGGACCAAUCCCCUGGACUCAAGGUCGUCGUGGACGAGGCCAAGCAGCACCAUAACGUCAAGUACGUGUACGUCUGGCACGCGAUGGCCGGGUACUGGGGAGGGGUGAAGCCGGCGGGGGAGGGGAUGGAGCACUACGAGAGCGCGUUGGCCUACCCAGUGAUCUCACCGGGGGUGAUGGGAAACCAGCCCAAUAUCGUGAAGGAGACAGUGCACGGGCUGGGUCUGGUACACCCGAAGAAGGCGUACAGCUUCUACACCGAGCUCCACGCGUACCUCGCCUCCUGCGGAGUUGACGGCGUUAAAGUCGACGUCCAGAACAUCAUCGAGACCUUGGGUGCCGGCCACGGUGGCCGUGUGUCCCUCACACGUGCCUACCACCAGGCCUUGGAGGCGUCCGUUGGCCGUAAUUUCCCGGACAACGGCUGCAUCUCUUGCAUGUGCCACAACACCGACAUGCUGUACAGCGCGAAGCAGACGGCGGUGGUGAGGGCGUCGGACGACUUCUUCCCGAGGGAUCCCGCGUCGCAUACCAUCCACAUUUCUUCGGUGGCGUAUAAUACGCUUUUCCUGGGCGAAUUUAUGCAGCCAGACUGGGAUAUGUUCUACAGCCUCCACCCAGCGGCGGAAUACCACGGAGCCGCCCGUGCCAUCGGUGGGUGCGCGAUCUACGUUAGCGACAAGCCGGGCCACCACAACUUCGAGCUGCUGAGGGCGCUGGUCCUGCCCGAUGGGUCCGUGCUCCGCGCCCAACUCCCUGGUCGUCCCACCCGUGACGGCCUCUUCAACGACCCCGCCCGUGAUGGCACCAGCUUGCUGAAGAUAUGGAAUGCGAACAAGUGCACGGGCGUGGUGGGCGUGUUCAAUUGCCAGGGCGCCGGGUGGUGCAAGAUCGCCAAGAAGAUCCGCGUACACAACGCCGCCCCGGGGACCCUCACCGGCACCGUCAGCGCCCGGGAUGUCGAUAACAUCGCCCAGCUCGCCGGCGAAGGCUGGGACGGCCAAGCCGCCGUCUAUGCCUAUAAAUCAGGUGAAUUGGUUCGGCUGCCGAAGGGCGCUACGCUCCCGGUGACUCUCAAAGUUCUUGAAUAUGAGCUCUUCCAUAUCUGCCCCAUUAAGGUGAUCAGCCCGGGCAUCUCGGUGGCACCGAUCGGACUGGUGGAUAUGUUUAACUCUGGCGGAGCGGUGGAGCAAUUCGACAUUCGGAUGCCAUCCACUGGCUCGACGGAGGACCGCCGCGAUGAUGGUGAUGGUUCUUUCGAUGUGGCUGAGCAGUUCAGUGAGAACAGAGCAGCUACUGCCACGGUUGUUCUUAGAGUACGGGGAUGCGGACGGUUCGGGUUUUACUCGUCCCGGAAGCCGAUUAAAUGUACACUGGAUUCUUCUGAUGUGGAGUUCAGCUAUGAUUCUGCUAUGGGGCUUGUGAUGCUCAAUAUCCCUGUGCCGGAGGAGGAGAUGUACCGGUGGGCUCUUGAGAUCCAAGUCUAAAAGGUUGAGUCGUCCUUUGCUCCGGAGGAAUGAAUGACUUGGCUUUUGUGUUCGCUUCCAUCGCUUAUUGCAAUAGAGUUCCUGUGCUCGUCUAUUAACAUUGAAGGAAGCAGAUGUCAGGAUUUUUUUGUAGUCAAGAGGGUAGUUAGAGUCCCUUGCUCCAGAGGAAUAUAUUGGCUGUAGUGCUCACUUUCAUCGCUUGUUGCAAUAAAAUUGCUAUGCUUAUCUGCGAACA